CCGCAAAAUGUCAUGGGAAAUAUAGUUUAAUCAUCUUCUCCGACUCUGGAUCACUUGUUAGCCUCCCGGAGGGUUGAGCGGAGAGGGGGGGCGUGUUUGGUCGAACUGCAGAAGCUUCCGCUCUCUGGCGUCACACAUGUAACACAACAUGGCCCCUGCCAGCCGGGCUGUUGUUGUGGUGGUGCUCUCACUACUGUACCUGUGCCGGUCCGUCUUCGCUUCCGAGUAUUUCUCCACUCUCACUUUGUUCAACAAUGAGCUCCACAAGCAGGGAUGCAGCUCGCUGUCCGAGUGGGAAGAGUACGCGGCUGACUGCGGUAAAGGCUCUCUUUUCGCUGAGUCCUCAAUCUUACAGUUGGAGGACCCAGACUGUGAAGAGGGCAGCAACCCGCCCUGUGAGUCAGUCUUCUCACUUAAUGCAGAGAAGAUCCUGAACCAAGCCAAGUUAUUCAUAGAACAGAAAAAAAUCCCCUUCCCUGUAGAUAACCACAGCACAAACGAAGAACUUGCUAUAGGCUACGUUCUGAUAGGCAACGGCCUUUAUGAUGAAGCCAUCAAACACUUCUCGCUCUUAUUACAGGGCGACCCAGAGCUGGUCAGCGCCAUCUAUGGGAGAGGAAUAGCUUAUGGCAAGAAAAGUCUACAGGACAUCAAGAAUGCUGACUUGGCGUUGUACGAGCUCAACCGAGUCAUCACUCUGGAGCCCAACUGGCCGGAGGUCUACGAACAGAGAGCAGAGAUUCUGUCUCCUCUGGGUCGCAUCAGUGAGGCUCUGGCUGAUCUGACCAAAGCCAUCCAGCUGCAGCCCUCAGCCCGUCUCUACAGACACAGGGGGACGCUGCUCUUCAUCUCAGAGGACUAUGUGACAGCGAUGGAAGACUUCCAGCAGUCUUUAGAGCUGAAGAAGAAUCAGCCUAUCGCUAUGCUGUACAAAGGCCUCACCUUCUUCCACAGGGGCAUGCUCAAGGAAGCCAUUGAGACGUUCAAAGAAGCACUGAAGUUGAAAUCUGACUUCAUAGAUGCCUAUAAGAGUCUGGGACAGGCCUACAGAGAGCUGGGUGAUUUUGAGUCAGCGAUGGAGAGCUUCCAGAAAGCCCUCAUGCUGGACCAGAACCACAUUCAGUCUCUUCAGCUCCGAGGCAUGAUGCUGUACCACCACGGCUCGCUGCAGGAGGCCAUAGGCAACUUCAAGAGGUGCCUUCAGUUGGAGCCCUACAACGAGGUGUGUCAGUACAUGAAGGGGUUAAGCCACGUGGCGAUGGGGCAGUUCUACGAGGGCAUCAAAGCCCAGACCAAAGUCAUGUUGAACGACCCCCUGCUGGGACAGAAGGCCAGCUCCGAAUACCUCAAAGUGAAAUACCUCAGAGAGUACUCUCGAUACCUGCACUCCCACCUUGACAUCCCAGUAGCGGAGUACAACGUGGACCAGGAUCUACCAGGGAACUUUAAGAAUCAUUGGGCCAAGAACCUGCCGUUUCUAAUAGAGGACUAUGAAGAACAACCCGGCCUGCAGCCACAUAUCAAGGACGUGCUGCCGCAGAACUUCGACAGCUACAGCAGUGAAGUUCAGAAGCUGAUCUGCACAGCCGACCACCUGGGGGCGCUAAUGCAAUACGACACUCCUGGUUUCCUGCCCAACAGGAGGAUACACAGAGCCAUGGGUUUAGCAACGCUGGAGGUGAUGCAGGCGAUGCAUCGGACGUGGAGCAACUCCAAAGUGCGAGUCAACGGCAAGACCCGGCAAAUGCAGUGGAGGGACAUGUUUGACAUAGCUGUCAAAUGGAGGAGGAUCGCAGAUCCAGACCAGCCGGUCCUGUGGUUAGAUCAGAUGCCCGCUAGGAGUCUCAGUCGUGGCUUCAACAAUCACAUCAACCUCAUCAGGGGACAAAUCAUCAACAUCAGAUACCUGGCGUACUUCGACAACAUCCUGGACUUCAUCAAAGACCGAAUACUGGUGUACCACGGGGCGUACAACCCCAGAGGACUCCUGGAGGUCCGCCAGGCUCUGGAAAAUGUGAAUAAAGUAGAAGAUCUGCUUCCCAUCAUGAAGCAGUUCAACAGUAAAACCAGAGAUGGCUUCACGGUCAACUCCAAAGUGCCCAGCAUGAGGGAUCCUGGGAAAGAGUACGACGGUUUCACCAUCACCAUCACUGGAGACAGAGUGGGCAACAUGUUAUUCUCAGUAGAGACCCAGACGACAGAAGAGCGGACGCAGCAGUACCAAUCAGAGGUGGAGUCCAUCUACAAAGACCUCACAGCCAAAGGAAAAGCACUGAUGCUCUCCACUGAACUAGGGGAUGCAGAUGCUGUGUGUAACCUGAUCCUCUCCUUGGUUUAUUACUUCUGCAACCUCAUGCCCCUCUCCAGGGGGUCCAGUGUGGUGGCUUACUCAGUCUUAAUGGGGGCUCUGAUGGCCAGUGGGAAGGAGGUCAUCGGAAGGAUCCCGAAAGGAAAGCUGGUGGAUUUUGAAGCCAUGACGACACCCAGUCCAGAAGGCUUCAGUAAGACAGCAAAGAGCUGGAUGAACCUCAAGAGUUUGCCAGCUUGGUACCAGAGUCUUCCGUCCGUAGCAGAGACAUUCCCGUCGACCAGAACGAUGAUCGAGGUUCUAAACACAGACUCGUCCUCACACUGUCCAAAGAAGUCCUAACACGGCUUCGAGCAGACGCAGAGAGAAGUCGGUUUCAUGAAGUCUUAAUCGCGGAGCUUCUACACUGGGCAGAACAACAGGAACCAAAUCUUCUGCAGCCCAAACUUAAACUGGACUCAGUUCACCGAAAGCCUCUUAGCUCGAAUGAUUAUUGUGCAGAUUUUAAGACAGAAAAUCAAAGUGCUACGUGGCACAUUUCGAACGUGUCUCUUCCUCUUUUUCCUGACAUUGUUAGGUUUACAGAAAACAGCAGUUAAUCUUAUUUGUAAAUCGGAUCAGCCCCACAAAUCCUGCUCUCCUCUCCGUCAUCUUCACCCACACACGACUCUUAACACCACACGUGAAAAGUUUGACUUCUUGCAUCACCUGUGCUGGAUGCUUUCAAAUUCACUGAAGGCCAGUUUUGUCGCAGAACCUGAAUUUUGACUGACAUAAAAACUGAUUUCCUUUACAAAAAGAGCAAAAAUCACUGAGAUGUUUUGUUAAGGUGUUAACUGGACGAGUGCUCAUCAAGUCUCUGCAGUUCUUAUCUUUAUAAAAUACUUUCAGCUCACAGAAUGUGUUUAGUCAACGUUUGUGGUUUUAAAGUUCAGCUUUGAAGCUGCUGUUGAACAUUUUUGGCACAACACGACGUCGAAUUUGUCCCAGCUGUUUGGGGAAGAUGACGGAGAACUUUUCUGGGAUGCAGAAGUGAUUGUGUUCACCCUCACUUUUUCUCUGCUUUAUAGGCUUCACACUGAAACACCCAAAGCACAAAGUCCAUCUCAUGAACCGUCAGCAUGAACCCUUAUGUCACAUAGCCGUGGUUAAAAUCUUGUUCAGCAUUCGAGAUUGCGAUUGGCACUUUAUACUUGUUUUUUAACCACACACAGAGUCCAGCCUAUCAGCAGAAAAGAAGUUCAGGGAUUUUAAAAAACAUAAAACAAAAACGUUCAGGGCUAUUGAAUUCCACUUGGAUACUUGAAGCAGUCUCUUUUAUUUUGUUUUCUCGACACUUGCAGGAAGUGUCACCCCUGCUUUGUUUUUAAUGUGACCAAGAAAGCUUUGGCUGCUGAUCUGACAAGAGCAACAGUCAGAUUUCAUUGAGAACCACUUGUUCUAGGGCUGAAAAGAUUUGCCAGAUAAUCGAUUAUGUGAGCAAAAGAAAAUUACUAAAAGUCAGAAAGUGGAGAAUCAAGUAUUUAAUUCACUGGAUUUCAGUUUGCCUGAAAGGGAAGGUUUGCUGUUUUUCUGAGCUUGUCUUUCUAAAACAACAACAACAGUUUUCCUGCCUUACCUGAAAAGCUGUGAAGUGGUAUAUUUCCAUUUUUUAAGUCCAUUUAAUUAGUUUAAUGAGACUCUUAUGUCAUACACUUAGUAAAACUCAAAACUGCAUACGCGAGCAACAGAAAUGGAGACUCGUGAAUGUUCUCUGACUGUUGGGUCUUGUCGAGGUCUCAUUACAGAUGAGGGAAAAGCACACCACAUGCUGUUAUGUUCUUUGCCGUCAUUCCUUUUGCUCGCUUUGGAUGGCAUCUGUGUUUGUCACGUUUCUUCGUUCCUUUGGGAUUUCUCAUGAUUUCACAGCCUUUCUUUGAGACGCCUCAGAGUAAUAGUUGGGGGAGAAAAGAGCUCAGGUCCCUCCAGACGUCUUAACCAUCAAAUGCUGUCUGUAUGAUGUUUGUCCUGGUCCUCCGAGGGGAAGUUAAGGAGAUGUGAUGUUUACUUGCAGCAGCCUUAUGAAACAAAAUACUUGAGCGAGUGAUGUUGAGGCUACAUUGGUGUGUAUACAGCUGCUGCCUGUGUUGUUUAAUGACCCAUCGAUGUUGGUUUGAGCACGAGGAGGAAAGCAGGGAGCUCACAGAAUGACCUGAAAGUAUUCAGUCUUUUGAACAAAUUUCAACAACUUUCUUUGUCUUUAAUUGCAACACUUAAUGAAUUUUAGGCCUUUAAAUGCUCAAAUGUCGUGACCGAAAGUCAUGUGAGUGCUGCAGGAGUUCUUAACUCAACGUCCAGUAUCCUAAUUUGGUCAUUUAAUUCAAUACUUUCCUCAAUGUAAGAACAAAUGGAUGGGUUCACAUCUGCUUUAUUUUCUGCAUCACUGGCAGUCAAAGUCCUGCACUUGUGUUGCUUUGCGUCAUGUUUAUUUGUUCACAUAUCAGUGAUUGUGCUGACUGGUUGCCAUUUUCUUCACUGCACUGGGUGACUCGAUCACCAAGUGCUUCAGUGAGCUUCAGAGCUUAAAACUUGAAGGAGGGAAUGUUUUAUUGAACGAGUGAAUGGAUGUUCAGCAGUCAAUAAAACUGGAUGACAGUUUU